AUGGCCGCCGCAAAUUCCCGCGUCGAUUCCUGGGGAUAUGUGAUUGUUUUGAGCAAGUUCGUUAUCCUUUUUAUUGAUACCGGAAUAGAAAAGUCGUUCGGCGUUCUGAUUCCCACCUUAGUUGAGCGUCUGGAGUCAGACUAUGCAACGAUUGGGUUGAUAUGCAGUAUGCCUCCGGCGAUAAUGUAUCUAAUAUGUCCUUUUGUAACCCUCGCUCUCCGUAGAGCCAACCAUCGAGCCGUUGCUAUGUCUGGCGGUCUGUUGUCAGCGUUGUGUUUAAUUGCCUGUGCUUUCUUGAAAACCGCAGUUACUGUAGGCAUCUGCCUCACCCUCUCUGGUGUUGGAUUAGCAAUGACCUUCUUGCCUACAGUCCUUGCGCUAAAUGAUUUCUUUAAAGACAACUUUGUAUUAUGGAGUACCGUUGCGGCAUAUGGUUACACGUCAGGGUCAUUGCUACUCCCUAUUGUAAUUGAAAGGUCACUUCCGGCGUAUGGAUAUCAGGGGGAAUUCAUUAUCCUCGGCGGUGUAGCUCUUCACCUUCUCGUUUGUGGAGCAACGAUUCGGAAGGCGACUUGCAGGCCUAAUGGUGAUACUAGUGAACGCGGCGGCCGCGAUCAAGAGGAGAAGAGACACAGGUGUGGUUCCCAAGAACGCCCAUCACUGAACGGGGAGGUUAUGCUUCACCAGCUGGAUGACAAAAUGUGGGAAGAGAACGUCUCGCAGUUCGAGAUACGGCAAAGGGAACAGGAAGAUGAAAAUUGUGAGGAAACUUUUCUAGAGGAGUGGCGUUUGAUUCAACAUGAGCCCCGUCGCUUUCAAAGAAACCAUGAAACCUUACCGAAUGACUCUCGAGGAGAUUGUGGACUGCUUCAGGAAGGGAUCUUUCUCCUCUCACUCCCGAUUCCCUUCUUCAUAUCUUACACAACAUAUGCAUGGAUGCUGUUUCUCGUACCCCAUGGUGAACAGCUAGGCAUCCCUCCUUCCAAAGCUGUCUACCUCUCCACUUUAGGUGGAAUAGGUGGUAUUCUCGGUCGGACAAUCUUUAUUAUCCUUAUCAGCAAAGGGGUCAGUGACCUGUCCGUGUACAUCGCGGUGGGUUCAGUCUGCACGGGCUGUUUCUUCUUGGAUUUCACCAGUUCUGCCUAUCCUGUUCGUGCCACCCUUGCAUUCAUUCAAGGGUUUUCCUUCUUUGUCGAGGAUUCCGUGUACACCAGUCUGUCUAAAGGAGCGAUUUUUGAUGAGGAUAAUUUCGACAUGGCUGUGGCGAUUUCUAACUUCAUGUGUGGGCUAGGCAUAUCUUGCGCAGGACUGUUUACAGGUUAG